CACUCGCACGUGUUGUUGACCAACACUUGUCAUUACUCCGAACAGCUGUUUUUGCCUAUCACAACAAUUUUUAAAAAGUCUAACAAAUCGGCUGUAUUUACCGCCCGAAAAUGGUUAAAAUAAAGAAAAAGGAGGCUCAUAAGAAGCCCUUAACGCGCAAGGAGCAAAGGAAACAGAAAACCGAGGCGAAAAAGGAAAAUAAACGUCUUUAUCACGCCGGCAAAAGUAACGGGACACAGCGCGUGGUAGCCGCAGCCGAGGCGCUGGCAGCGCAGUCGCUGCAAGGCAAAGGCAAGAAGAAGAAAAAGACUAAGAAACCAAAAAUAAAUCCUGAGGAUAUACCCAAGGAGCAGCUUUUAUCCGGGGAAAUAGGAUCCGAUGACGACGAAUCCAUAGCCUCAGACUUCAGCGAUGAAGAGGUGGACGCCCUGAUGCCCAAAAAAGCCAAGGUUGAGAUCUAUGAGCCGCUGGGAAAGAAGGUAAAGAUUAAGGGUGGCGCCAUACCCAGGCAGGAUGAAGCGGAGGUCAGGAAAAAAGAGCUGCGCCAGCAAAAAGAGCUAGAGGGCAAAUCUAAGAAGCAGCGACUCAAACAACUGCGUCUGGAGAACGAGGAGGAGGAUCGAGAGAUUGCCAAGCUGGAGAAAAAGCUGAAGCUCAACAAAAGCAAGGACAAGAAUCGCCUGGUGAGGAAAAUGUUCAAUGAUGGUCUGGAUUACCUCUUGGACUUUGUACUGGACGACGAGGAGGAGAAGCAAAAGUGGGAGGAAAAACAGGAGCGUAAGCGGCGUCUUAAGGAGGAACAGGAGAAGGAGGAGGCGGGCAUGUGGAGUGAAGAUGAUGAAGAGCAGGAAGAUGGCUUAACUGGUGAACUGCCCGAUGAUGAUAGCGAGUCGUCACGGGACGAUGAUGAGGAGGAUGAGGAGCUAAGCGACGAUGAAGAACAAAGCGAGGAGGAAUCCGAACAGGAGGUGGAGCAACCCAAAGUUAAGGAGGACAUCUACGGUCGCAAACGUGAUGCUGAGGGCAACAUCCUGCCCGAUCCCAUCGAGCAAGAGGCCUCUGCCACGGGCCAAAAGUAUAUACCACCUCAUCAGCGAGCUCUGUUAGCUGCCAGCGCUGGAUCGAGCGAAAAGCAAGCCGAGAUCCUGGCCCGCCUCCAGAAACAGUGCAAGGGUCUGCUCAAUCGUCUGUCCGAGGCGAAUCUCCACAAGAUUGCCGCCGGCAUAGAGGCGCUCUAUAUGAAGAACUCGCGGUACAACAUGAAUGACACAUUGACAAAACUGCUGCAGGAGGCUCUGCUGGGCUCCACGCGAUCCAACGAGCGCAUGGUACAGGAGCAUAUGGUGCUAUUGGCCUACCUUCAUGCCCAAAUAGGUAGCGAAAUAGGUGCCCACUUUCUGCAGACUUUUGUGGAGCUGUUCGAUGGUCAUAUUAAGAAUAUUUCUAACUUGGAGGUGGAGGACAAGCAGUUGAAUAACCUAGUGCUAAUCCUCUGCUACAUGUACAUGUUCAAGAUCUUCGAACUGAGCUUGCUAAUGGAACUGAUUGGCAGACUAUCGGAUGAGCUUUGCGAGAAGAGUGUGGAGUGCCUGCUACUGAUCUUACAAACCAUAGGUUUCCGUUUGCGAAAAGACGAUCCAUUGGCCUUCAAGACCAUGAUGCAACGAGUUCAAGCCCAAAUUGCCGCCGCUCCCUUGGAACUGAAAGAGAAUCCUCGCCUGCGCUUCAUGGUGGAUAUCCUGAAUGCAGUUAAGAACAAUAAUAUGCAGAAGUUACCCCAAUACGAUCCUGAGCUGGCGGAGAAUCUGCGCAAGCGCUUAAAGGCCAUGCUGAAGAACGAUCGCUAUGUGGUCACCUUGAAUAUAACACUGGAGGAUCUCCUGCGUGCCGAUAAAGUUGGCAAGUGGUGGAUUGUGGGCUCUGCCUGGACAGGAAACCUUAACGAAAUGGGUUCCGCCAAACAAAAGCAGGAUGCAAACUCGUCCAAGACUUCAAACGCGGGCUUUGCUGACAAACUUUUGGAACUGGCCAAAAAGCAGCAAAUGAAUACUGCAGAGCGAAAGAAUAUCUUCUGCAUAAUUAUGAGUGCCGCCGAUUAUGUCGAUGCCUUUGAAAAGAUCUUGCACUUGGCCCUAAAGGAUCAACGAGCGGUGGCCUAUGUGAUCAUCCAUUGUGCCCUCAACGAGAAGCGUGCCAAUCCCUACUACGCCCAUUUGUCCCUCAAGUUCUGCCAGUAUAAUCGAAAGUAUCAGCUAGCAUUUCAGUUUGCCAGCUGGGAUCGCAUCAAUGAUAUCGAAUCGCUAUCAAAGCCACAAAUUCGAAAUCUGGCCAGUUUCCUUCAGCAAUUAAUCCUUUCGGCUGGAUUGCAGCUCUCCGUGCUGAAAGUGGUGGACUUUAUGCAACUGGACAAACUGAGUUUCUUCUUUAUGAAGGAGGUAAUGGUGCGGCUGCUUUUGGCCCCAGAUGAGCGGGAAAUCUAUCAGACCUUCGAACGUGUGGCCAAGAACACGAAGCUUCAGCAAUUUAAGCAGAGUGUACGGCUUUUCCUGCAACAUUUUCUCCUCAAAGGAGAGCAACUGGAAAAGCUGAAGCUAAAAGAAGAGGAGCAGCAGCUGCUGCAACAGCGAGUGGAUCACCUGGACAAGCUGCUGGCAUAUGUGGACCUGUAAAUAUUUAUAAGUAGAAUUAAAAGGUGACCUUCUUAAGAAUACUA